AUGGCGUGUAUGCAGAGACGGUUGCAGAAGGAAUGGUUGGCUUUGCAGAAAGAUCCACCUCCAGGAAUGACUCUGAAAAAAAGAAGAGUUCAGAAUACAAUCACAGAGUGGCUUAUAGAUUUGGAGGGCGCUCCAUUAACAAUGUACGAGGGCCAGAAGUUCCAGCUUCUCUUUACGUUUAGCAGCCGAUACCCGUAUGAACCUCCUCAGGUCAUGUUUACCGGCAAGAACAUUCCGAUCCAUUCGUACGUCGACAGCAACGGACACAUCCGUCUGUCCAAUUUAACAGAGCACUGGAUUCCAGCUCUGACUGUCCGGUCCUGGUGCUUUAGCAUUAUCAGCAUGCUAUGCAUCGCGAGCGUGAAGCGUCGUCCUCCUGAUAAAUCCCCAAAGAAGACAAAGUGGUGGUGGUGGUGUUGGUAG